GAACUUCAGUAGAAACCCGCAGCCUGAAUGAGCCGCACACAAGGCACAGGGCUGGUUGUUUAUAUAAAACGAUCCUGAUUUUUCUCUUUCAUUUCACGUGUACAUAUUCCAGAUUAUUUCAGAGUACCCAGGCUUGUCUAGUUCGCUUUUUGUAACGGCUCGGUUCUCACAGAAACGAGGAGAAACUUUUUUAUCGUCAUGUCAAAAUUCAGCUUCAGUUUCAGAAGAAGCGAGCGGAAGGCAUUUAAGCACAUAGCUCAUGGCUUGAUUCCUGCCGCCACCAUUGCCCCCCGACCUGCUGUCCCCCGCACCCCUCCCCCACGCAGCCCCAACCCCUCACCAGAGAGACCCAGGUCUGCUCUGGCAGCAGCCAUAUUAUCGUCCUCAUUGACGGGACGUACGGUGGCCAUCCCUCCACCUCGCCACAGAUCCUACUCUGAGAGUGACUGUUCACACACAGACAGCCAGACGGGGUUUGAGCCUUAUGCCAGCACUGCCCUCUACACCAGAGAUCAAUGGCCAGACUCUAUGGCAGGCCGACCUCGGCUGCCCUCUCCACAACCUGAUGAUGAUGAUGAUGAUGAUGAAGAAGAGGAAAUAGAAGAAAACAUAGAGAGAGAUGAAAGCCAUGUGUACCAGUCACUAGAGAGACAGAGCAGAGAUCCGGAUACCGAUGCUGUUUAUGCCACACCUCUAAAAAAGGGCUCUUCUCGCUCACAUGUGGACGAUGAUACUGACAACUCUGCGUUUGAUAUCGUCUCUCCUUUAAACACUGAAGAGGAAACAGACGUGGAGGAAGGAACAGCCAAAAAGCAACCUCCAUCGCCACUGCAGGCAAGGCCCCCAUCUCGCAGAAGCAUGGCAUCUCCAGAUCUGAAUGAAGACCUGAGCGCUCAAUCCCCAAAGUCUCUGACCACCAGCACUCCCAAGCGGAAGACCUCGAUGAUGAAGCAGAGUCCUGCCAGAGGCAGAGAGCAAGACAGCAGAUCAGAGGCGAACGAGGCAUACCGCAGUGCUGUGGAGCUUCAGCAGAAGCUGGUGCAAGAGCUGAGGGAGCACAAUCAGGCUCUGGCUGCAGAGAAGGAGGCACUAGAGAGGAGGUGCUCAGAGAAAAGCCAGCAAAUCCUGCAGCUUCAACAGCAGCUCAUGCACUCCUCUACAGAGAGGAGCCACUCUACAGGUGAAAGCUCUGAGCUGCUGAGCCUGAGGCAGCAAGCGCAGGAACUGGUGGAUGAAAAUGACGGGUUAAAGAUGACGGUACAUCGGCUCAAUGUGGAGCUCAGCAGAUACCAGGCCCGUUUCAGACCACUCACUAAGGAGGAGUGUUCUCGGAGUGGUGGCCUACCAGUGAAAGGACCAUCUCCCCCAUGGCUGCUGGAUAUGAAAUAUUUAUCACCACUAUUACUGGCUUAUGAGGACCAGCUGAUGGAGAGAGACAAAAUUCUCAAGUCCUGUGAGGAAGAAGUGAAGAUGUUGAGAGUACGCUCAGAGGAGGUGAUUCAGGAGAAUGAGAAACUUCAUGCAGAACUCGGCAAGCGAAGCAGUGUCAGUAAUAAAGAGUGGAAGCAACUGCAAGAUCAGGCACGGCUGGUGUUGGAGGAGAAUCAGGUGUUAAUAGAACAGCUGGAGCUGCAGCAUGCUAAAGCCAAGGAGACACACACUAAACACACACAGGAAGUGUGUAAGGUGUCAAAGCAGGUGAUGUUGUUGGAGGCAGAGAAGCAGGCUCUGGAAGUCGAGUUGGAGACAGUACGCAAAGAGCUUCAGGCCCUGAAGGUGGAGUUCCAGAAAACCUGUACCACACUGCAGAACUCGGUCAGCUGGGUGGAACACACCUCUACCACAGACACACUCAAACGACAGAUGGAAGAAGAGGAGAGGAUGAAGAGUGCUGAGAUAGAGGAGCUGCAGGCUCGUGUGAAUGCCCUGCAGGCUGAGAAGAGGACGCUCCUGGUGGAGAAAACUAACCUCAGCACAGAUGUCAAACACCUGGAGAACGAGCUACAGCUAGCACGCCAAGCUAAUAGAAAGGCUCAGAGGCGUAUAGAUCUUUUGAAGCAGCAGGUUGAAGACUCUUUAGAGAAGGAGCUGGUGGCUCAUCAGUACCUCACCAGUGUUGUCACACUUGCAGAGAAAACCACAUAUGAGAGGGAUCAGCUCAUGCACAUGGCCUCAUGUUUAGAGAAAGACAAGCAGGGUGUGCUCACCCGCAUCAUCGAGGGCACUGUCCGUCUCGGAAAACUGCAGGAAAAGGUCAAGGUGUUCAAGCAGCAGGCACGAGCGGGUGUGUGUGCGCUGGGCCGGCGCUUGCAGGAGCAGGAGCAGGACUUUGCAGGCAAAGCAGCGACUUUCCAGCGCGAGAUCCAGCACCUGCAGGCUCAGCUCCGAGAACGACAAGAACAACUCCACGGAGCGCUGCAGCAGAAGAGAGCAGUAGAGAAUGAGCUGGAGGUGGUGUGGGAAGCAGCUGCUAGAGAGAAUCAGCACCUGCAGAGCAUGGUGAUGGGGGUCAGCAGGGCAGACGGAUCUCUGAGUCCAGUCACUGUACCUGCUGUUCUGGGAUGCUCAGGCCUCUCCCAGGCUUGUACGCUGCGUCCACUGGACAGUCUGGACCAAGCUGACAGGCCGUCCAGCACAGCGCCCCCUCCCUUUACGUCCAGACACAAUGGCCUCCCACCUCCUGUCCAGCACAGCCCAGGGUAUGAGUCUGACAACCCCUCAUCUGAUGAGAGCCAAAAGAAUGGACUGGACUUCUACUCCUGAUGUGGUACACUAGUGAGAGUGCUUUAGUGAGCAGCAGUGUUUUUAAAUAGGCAGAAAGUAAACUCUGUACAAGGCCAAAGACUUAGCAGAUAUGAAGAUAAUGUUUUUUAUGGUAGCCAUGAUGGAUUCUGUUUCAUCCUCCAUAUUCUUUAUCUCUCUGGUUUGCUCCCUGAGGCCAUAGUGAGCUCUCCAAGUCUGCUUUAAAGGAAUGGCUCACCAACACUAAUACAUUCACAGUAACAUAAAAUACAUUUUGUUUGACAUUUUUCAUACCCAUUACAUUCAUACCCAUGUUUGCUUGGCAGUUAUUUAACAUUUAGCAUCUUCUUCCCUCAAGUACAAAAAUAAAAGCCUUGCAUGUGAUAUUUCAAAUUGAUACAAACUAGAACUUAAUUGAUAUGAAAACAAAUGAAAUGUAAUGUAUAUCACUACUGAUUGUAAGGAGAUUAAAAUCAAGGGUAACACUUUAUUUGUAUGCUACUUACAUAGGUACUACAUAAUGCACAAGUUCUGAAUAACAUAUUUAUGAAGCGACAUUUGAGUAUAUAUGACCAGCCUAUGUUAAUAACCACAAGAUGACUCAAGACGUUCUAUUAAGUAAAUGGCAUUGCACUGACAGAAGGGACUGUAAACUAAAGUGGUAGACAGUUAUUCCAUUUACAACAAUGUUAUGAAGCAGCAUUCCCCAGUAAUAGAGCUUAGAAGGAUGGUCUGGCAUGGAUACUCAAGUAUUGUUUUAUAAAUACAUUAUUCAAUGCUUAUGCAUGUGU